UAACUCGUAUCGCGCUGUGUUUUAGCUCGUUAGUUUUGUCUCCGUGAGCACUUUCUGAUGAAGUGACAUCGAGGGUCUGAUGAUGCAGUCGGAAGGUGGUAUACAGUAUACAGGAUCUAUGCUCCGGUAACUCGUAUCGCGCUGUGUUUUAGCUCGUUAGUUUUGUCUCCGUGAGCACUUUCUGAUGAAGUGACAUCGAGGGUCUGAUGAUGCAGUCGGAAGGUGGUAUACAGGAUCUACGCUCCGGUAACUCGUAUCGCGCUGUGUUUUAGCUCGUUAGUUUUGUCUCCGUGAGCACUUUCUGAUGACAUCGAUGUCUGGUUUGAAUACAUGCUAAUAAUUUUAUUUUAUUGACAGAUUAAAAUGGAACCCCAAACCCCAAGUACUUCCAGAAGCAUGUUUGUCGGCUUGGAGGUGACUAGAACUCCUCAGGGAUCCCUUAUUCGGGGCAGAGAUGUAGUCUUGGAGACAUCUGGAUCAGGGAGGAUUAGACCUUGGCGGCCCCAAAAUUUAUCUGUGGAAGGCGAAGCCAUAGAGAUCGUGGAUGAGUUGGUCCAUGGCGGCGAAAAAGUAGCUGCUGUAAGAAUGGUUUUCUUUUUUUUGAUAACUUUAGUAGAUGUUCAACUUUUUUUUAACUACCAAGAUAAUAAUAUGUCGAGAUGUAUACUAACUUAUUGCUCACUUAUUGAUGUCUAUUGUAAGGAUUAUCGAAACAAAAUAUUACCUAUUAUCACAACAUGCAAUGUUAUUUACAAAAUAAUUAUUUUUUAGGUACCAGAGGAACGUACGAAAGGUCAGCCGCGUAAUCUUUUUGGCCGAGAACCUGUAAGUUUCAUUUUCAUAACACUCUUUGAAAGUAUAAAUUACUUGCAUUGAGAAAGGGAUUUUUAUUUAUUGCCGCUCUCAUCGUGCACCGGACUAUCUGAUAGAAAUCUAGUCCAUCCAGUAACUAAGGUAAUGUAACUAAGGGUGUUUGGUUUGUGCUUCAAUAACACAAUUCUGCUAAAAUUGGCAAUGCGGUAUGAAUGUAUUGUAACUUCAUUGAUAUAAAGGUGUUUGGUGUAUGCUCAAUAACGUAAUUCAGCGAAAUUGGCAAUAUGGCAUGAAUAUAUUGAAAGUUAAUUGAAUAAAAAUGAACAGGAAUCUCUAUUCCUGUUCAUCGUUGGGAUACACUAAUUAUUCCUUUUUAUAAAAAUAUUGUGGUUGGCAUCUCUAACAAUACCCGCUUUUGUUAUGUUUGUGUGUAUGCUUGCAUGUGGUUUAGGGUUUGGUUUUUUUAAUAGGAUGAAGACAUACUGGAUCCUGAGCUGGCUGAAGAAUUAGCCAUCGACUCUGGAAGUGAUGAGGAUGCCGAGGAAGAAUUGACUCUCGAUCAGUUACAGCAGAUGUUGGAAUCAGAUGACGAUUUUAUUGAAGAUGAAGUUAGUGAGGAGCCAUUGACUUGGUCAUCUGAUUUUAACGAAUUUAGAGGGGUCAGGGAGGACUUCAACGAAGAAGCUGGUCCUAAAAUUGAGGGAACAAGUCCUUUAGGCUUGUUUACUCAAAUUUGGGACCAGCCUCUGAUGGAUUCUAUUGUCCACGAAACGAAUCAUUACGCUUGGGAAACAAUAACCGGUUUCUUUGAAACCGGAGACUCCAUGCCAAGUAAAUCUCGCAUGAACGACUGGGUGGAAACUUCGGUUUCCGAACUAUAUAGGCUUAUAGGUGUGAUGAUAUUUAUGUCAAUAUGUGUAAGAAGUAGGUUAGAGGAAUAUUGGAUGACGGGUGUGAUGGGUAUGCCGGAGUUUCGAAAACUGAUGUCAAGGGAUCAUUACGUAAUGCUCUUAAAAUUUUUGCACUUUACUGAUAACAACAACAUACAUGUACAGGGGCGUGAUAAGAAAAUAGCUAAAAUAAAACCUAUUAUAGAUUAUUUAAAUAAAAAAUUCCAGUCCAUUUACGUGCCUCACAGAGAAGUAUCGAUAGACGAAUCGUUGCUGCUUUGGAAGGGUCAUUUAAGCUGGAAACAAUGCAUUCGUUCCAAAGCAGCUCGAUUCGGUAUCAAAAGUUAUGAACUCUGUGAGGCCGUAACUGGAUACGUAGUAAAUUUAAUUUUGUAUGCCGGCAAAGGCACGACAACUGCAGAAACGGUUUACGGGUUUACUACAUCCACUGCCAAAAUAGUCCUUGAGCUUUUCAAGAACUAUUUAGGCAAGGGAUAUACCCUGUUCAUGGACAAUUUUUAUAAUUCUGUUCCUCUGACCCAAUUUCUAAAAAAACAUAAAACUGACGUAGUCGGUACUCUGAACCGUCGCCGAAAAGACACGCCCGUAGAAAUCCAAAAUUUGCAGGAUAAAAGGAUGGCUAGGGGUAGUGUGGUAAGUAGACACUGUGGUGAUGUAUCCGUCAUAGCAUGGAAAGAUGUGAAGCUUGUCACCACUGUAUCUACUUACCACAAAACAGAUAUGGCUCCAGGGCACAGGGCUGGCCAACCCUGCUCCAAACCAGUCGUGGUCCAUGAAUAUAAUAAAUACAUGGGAGGCGUCGAUCUCAAAGAUCAAAAGCUAAGCAUGUAUUUAUUAGAAAGAAAGAGGGGAAUCAAAUGGUAUAUUAAAGUUUUUAGACGUCUUUUAAAUAUAUCUAUUUUAAAUGCAUAUAUUAUAUAUUGUGCUAACAUUGGCCAGCAUAAAAAAAUGACUCACCGCCAAUUUCGUUUCAAGCUUGCUGAAGAGCUCUGCUUAGAAUUCGGACAAAACGUCUCCUCACGUUCGCGCCAGGUCCCCAUCCCCACCUGUAGCAGGCUGAACAGGGAUUUUAAUCAUUUCCCUGUUCAUAAUGAGGUGACCGAGGAGCGAACCAAAAAACAAGAUAAAUUUAAGAGGGGACGUUGUGUUAGAUGCAGGCAAAAAUGUAACAUCGCGUGCAGUCAUUGCACGGUGUAUAUUUGUGUUGGCCAAUGUUGGCUUGAGUAUCAUACUUUAGAAAAUCUAUAGUUUGUAAAUUACUUCUGUAGUUACAUAUAUAUAAAAUAUAUAAUUAAAUAUUAUCUAUUUAUUUAUAUUAGUUAUAUAUUUAUAUAAAAUGUGUGAUGUAGUAGUCAACACACCAGACUGCUACUUCCAGGUCUCGGGUUCGAUCCCCAGUCAGGUCAAGUUGGUAAAUUAUCUUUUUCAUAUUGACUUCUGAUCUUGGGUGUUUAUCUAUUUAUGUAUACAUUAUUUUAUUUUUAAAUAUUAAUAUUAGGAUUAUUGUUUAAAAAUACUUUUUUCUCUUUGAUCCCUUCUUUCUUAGGACUGCACUGGUUUGGUCUACGGGUUAUAAGAUACAUAGAAUGAAUAUACAAAUAAAAUAAAAAAAAAAAAAAUUCAAAGCCCUUCAGGCGAGUAGGCGACCAAUACUGUUGAAAAGAGUUUCUUUCGGCGUUUCUUCUCUUGCA